AUGUCUGUAACCGGUCUAAUCCUGCGGAAUUUCUUACGGCUUCUGUCACCAAUUAAGAUGUCCACGUGUGUGAAAAGCUCUCAUGGACAUGCUCUCAGCACUUUUACUUCCUGCUUCAACCCAAUCACUGGUAUGAUUCAAUGGAACGAUGUGGGUGAUGACUACGAUUUUGAGCAAGAGGUAGCCCAAUCUGCUUACGCUGAUAUGUUGCAUGAUCGCGAUCGGAAUCGGCGCUAUUACGAGGCCUUGCGUCACGUCAUUGGGGGCAUGAAGGCCGCUGGCCAGGAGGUGCAUGUGCUGGAUAUCGGUAGUGGGACGGGUCUCCUUUCAAUGAUGGCAGCGCGAGCUGGCGCGGACUCGGUUGUCGCCUGUGAGGCCUUUGGUCCUGUCGCCAGCUGCGCUUUGCGUAUCUUGAAAGCCAAUGGGUUUACAGACCGUGUGAAGUUGAUUCACAAACAUUCCACGGAUUUGGUUGUUGGUGAAGAUAUGCCAUGCAAAGCCAAUGUCCUUGUUGCGGAGCUUUUUGAUACGGAACUUAUUGGAGAGGGCGCUCUGAAGGUGUACCUCCAUGCUGCCGAUAAUCUUCUUACAUCAGACGCCGUCCUCAUUCCUUGUAAGGCCAAAAUGUAUCUACAGAUAGUAGAGUCGCCCUUCCUCUGGUCUCACAAUCAAAUUGAACCCUUUGGAGAUGGCUUGUCCUUCCCCUCGGAGGAUAUGCGUCGCUGCCACGGUUCACCCGUUGUUUUCGACCUCCAGGUGUCGCGUCUCAAUUUUAUCCGUGAUGAGGUUCUCACAGGAGACGAGGAUCGCGGCUCUGUUCGGUGUCUCCUUGAGACUCCAUUGAUGUUCCAUGAAUUUGAUUUCGCUCCAUAUUCUUCCAACCUGAAACUUAAAGAGAUGAAACGAAUUACCGAAGUUAAUGGUAAACCGAUAACGGCAAUUCGCGCCGGCUUAGCACACGCUAUGAUAGUGUGGUGGGAGCUGCAAAUGGAGCCCUCCGGUCAAGUUCCAGCUAUCACUAUGGCUCCAGUUGGUACGGAAAUUUCUGUUGGCCCUGAUGAUCCGCGUGCAACUCCAACAUGGCGUGAACAUUGGAUGCAGGCGGUUUACUUUCCCCGUAGUUGUCCUCUAUCCAUCUCCGUCGGCGAAGCGCUUUGCGUCGAUUUCUCGCAUGACACCUUUUCCAUGCACCUAGAUCUCCACCGCGCCUCUUCUUCCCCACCUCUCAUAGACCAACAAGCCCCUUUCUGUCAUUGUCUCGCCCACGUCGCCUGGCCCCGCUACCGCUUUGCCCAACUCAACCAUCCUCACUUUCGGAUAGACUCUCUUCGACUUACCAAAUCCGUCGUCGACUACGUAUCUGCUCUCCAGACACCAUCCAUUGCUCUCGUAAUCGUCUCCGAUGCUUCUCAUGUCCCACUUCAAAUUCAUCACUCUCUACCUCCCGGUAAAGCUGCCAUAUUUCAUUUGGACACCUCACCAAUGUCUUUGAAAAUAAUGGGCCCUGUUUACCGCAAGGCUCAUUCUCCUAUCAUCCUCGAGGAAAAUGUAGAUGAUCUAUUGAAUUCGCUGGAAAAUUUAGUUGAAAAAUCUCCCACACCUGUGGAAAUAGGCAUAAUUUCGGAGCCUUUUGUGGCAACUGCUUUGCUUCCUUGGAACUCCAUAACAUUUUGGUACGUUUUUGGACAAAUUAAGAGGCGACUGCCUCGACAUCCCUGUCGGCUGAUAGCACCUACACACCUGCGUAUAUGCGCAGUAGCCAUGCAAUUUGAACACCUUUGGAAAAUCCGCGCACCUGUUGGGGCCGACUGCGAAGGGUUCGAUUUGCGCCUCUUCGAUGAGAUGAUUUUGGCGGCUGCAGCAGCCACAGACGCUCCAGUUGAACCUCAGCCUCUGUGGCAGUAUAUGGGUAAAGCACGGUCGCUCCCGAAGCCUAUUUUCGAGAUGCAUCUGAUUGAUGCACCCAUCUUCUCUUCUCAUGGCCCGGCAGCACCUAAGUCUCUUGAAGCUCAGGUCGCCCAAACUCAAACUCUGUCACUCUCCACAAACGAACAAUCGGUCAAUGCGGUGGCGUUAUGGGCUGAGUGGCGCAUGGCUGACGAAGUGUGGCAGGUAGUUGGAGGACCUAUGAAACCCAUCAAAGUGGACAAGGAAGUGGAGUGGUGUAAGACUGGUCCUCACUCAGGAGUAGUCUUCCUGAAUCCCAGCCUAAGUGACAAACUGAGAUCGAAGAAACAUCCUCGUGCUUUGAAGGUGGAAAGUAGCUUUGACUUUUACACUGGAGAACCAAAAUUCUGCUUCGAUGUUGUUUGA